GCUGCGCUCAGCUGGUGCAGCCCGUUCACCUGCAGCUCAGAGCGGGGGAUAGACGGGGCGGCAAGCGGCAGCGCCCGGGGGCAGCGGAGCCUCCUCUACCGGCAUCGGGACGUGUGUAGGACUAGAGGGAGAGGACUGACAUUCCAGCAACGACUAGGGGCAAGCUGGACACUUGGCUGCUAGAAUCAAGAGUCCUGUUUGGGUGCAUGAUGCCCGGGGUUCUGCUGCUGCUGUUGGCUCUACCAGGGGCACUGGGGGCAUAUGCUGGGAAUGUAACAGGACAGCACAGCUGUAUACCAGGCUUCUCUGAAGAAGGCUACACAGCCCUCGUUUCACCGAACAUCAAAGAAGGACAGAAACUACUAAAAGGUAAGUGGUUAUUGAAUUUUCGAAAAUUUCUGACGUUUCCACCUGCAGGGAAAUGGCUCCAAUCCAGCCUCACAAGAUAA